GGACAACCUUAUCUGUUCCACUCAUGACUCAACAGAAACAAACCCCAUCGCAUUACGUCUCUUUAUUCAGUAAUAAUAAUGGUUCCAGAAACCUAAUCUCAUCCUCCUUCUUCACUUCGUUCCCUUUUCCUUUCCUUUCCAAACAAAACCCAACCAUCCAACAUGCCUUCUUCACUCCAUCAAGAAACCAGUAAUUAUCUCCAAACCCUUUUAGCCUCCACUCGCCCCUUCCUUCGUGGAGAGCUUGAAUCCGUCGACAAGAAUCUCCCUGCUUUAAUUUCCGUCUUGCGUUCUGUUGGUGCCGGUGAGUGUUGGCACAAGCAUGGCAGCUUUCUUGAUCAUUUAGUCGACAUUUAUCGCAUACUCAAAAUUUGGAACGCCUCUGACUCUGUCUGUCUUUGUGGCCUUUUCCACUCUGCUUAUUCCAAUUCUUAUGUCAAUCUUGCUAUCUUUGAUCCUAAUACCGGCCGUGACGUGGUCCGUGGACAUGUUGGUCCCGCUGCUGAGAGAUUGAUUCACUUGUUUUGCAUCGUUCCUCGCCAGCCCUUGAUUCACGAUGAUCUCUUGUUCAACUAUUCUGAUUCUGAACUCGUUCAGCACCUUCUUCUUUCUGAGAUAUCUCUGAAAAAUGCAAAGGAGAAAGGUGUGUUCGACGCAGAGGAUUCCUGGAGGAAGAAAAUCAAUUCUCUUUUGCCGGCUGCAGGCAUCACUGUGAAACGUAUCAAGACUGGGGAAGAUGUUCUUGUAACAAGAAGAAUAGUCGCCGUUUUUGUCAUGAUGACAAUGGCUGAUUUCAGUGACCAACUCUUCAGUUUUCAAGAUUUGCUAUUUGACAACUCUGAUGGCCGCCUCGAGUUCUCAGGGAAUAAUCUUGCUUCUUUGUGGCCCGGAGAUGGCAAGCCAGGGCUAUGGAUCAAUUCUAUUUCAAGAAUGGGUGCAAUUUACACUUUGAUCAGGAGAGAGGAAGAGAUUUUUGUAGAAGAGAGGAUCAGGGCAGGUGGAAUUGAGGUUGAUGAAGAGAGGGACGAAGAUAUAGAGCUUGUGGUGCCACCGGUGUUUGAUAAGUGCACUAGGAUUUUAGAUGCAAGACAGCAGAUAGAGGCAAGGGACUUAUACUGGGAAGCUGUUUGUGAUUUGUCAAAGAGAGGACUGGACAAGGUAGAGGAAUUGUUGUUGAGUUGUAUCGAGAAGAACCCUUAUGUUGGGGAGCCACAUGUGGUGUUGAGUCAGGUUUACUUGACGAAAGAUAGGUUUGAGGAGGCAGAAAGAGAGGCAGAGAAAGGGGUGACACUGAUGUUGGAGUGGGGAAGUCCUUGGGAUAAGAGGACGUCAUGGGAAGGAUGGAUUGCUUGGGGUAGAGUGCUGUUGAUGAAGGCUAAGGAAAAGUCAUGGCCAAACACAUCUUGGGGCAUCCUUAAUUUAGGGCUUGUGAGAUAAAUUGAAUAGUUCCGCUCCUCCUUACAUAAUAAAAUGCACUAGCUUUACUGCGAUGUAUGUGCAUGGCAUGGCAACUCUUGAUUGUUCUCUCCUGUUUUCUACUAAAACUAAUAAUAUGAUAUGCCCUUUGUGUUUCUUUUA